UACGUGGUAGAUGCGCAAAAGCAAAUGCAGCAUCGCAACGCAGCAUGGGAACAAUUAUUGCGGUUGCCGUUUGUCGAGUGUUUUGCCAUGUUGACUGACACUUAUCGCAGCAGCCUAGAGCUGCGAACUCCGCCGCACCGUUUUCUUUUGCGGUCGCUUUAGUGCCCAGCGGACAGAAAUUCCGAUUUGAGUGCGUUUUACUCAAGAAAACGUUUGCUCCAUUCUAUCGCGAUUUGGACUGUCGUCUGUUCAAAAGUAAAGCAAAGGAAGUGGAGCUCAUUUCAUGAGUAUAACCAGUGCUUUCGCUAUAUUAAUGUCGAUGUGAACAUUGGCUAGCAAGAACAAUGCUUCUUUGGAACAUGAGGUACCGGAGUAGAGUUCUACAGAUCAUCUGGCUUUUGUCACUGCUUGUCGUCAGCAGUACUUUGGACAACGAUCUCGAGGGUGAGGACUUGGCAGCAGAAGAGGAAGAAGAUGAGGAUGAAUUUGGUGGUGGGGAUGCCGGUGGCGGGUUCUGUCCCGACUCGCUGUUCCCGAAGCUCACGCUGCUGCGGCAUGUGACUCCGCGAGGCAAUGCCAGUGCGGGCCGGUUCACCAAGGUCGCGCACGCCUCGAGCCUUACGGACUGCACCAAGGCCUGCUGCGAGCAGGGCGCUUUGUGUAACCUCGUUUUCCUGCACGGCAGUUCAUGCUUCCUCGUACGGUGCCACUCAGCAGCUCUGUGCCAACCUCAGCAUCGUCCAAGCACCAAGUUUGACUCUAGCUUUAUGGUGAUAGUGCGUCCUCCGCAAAAAGGCUCGUCAGAUUCUUCACACGAAUGGACCACUCAUUCAACGCCAAACUCUGAUGAAGACACAUUAUCUAAAUCGCACGGUUGGAAAAACGGCAAAGGAAAUGGGGACUCAUCCGAAGGAGCGCUGAACAGCUCGAGUAUACUGGUCUCUGCCAAUCAAGUGGUGGUGGGGGACACUGGGCGCACGUGUGUCUACGGGAUACUGCAGCAGUGUCUUAAGAACGAGGAAUGUGUCACGUCUGGUCAGCGGCGGCGCACGGGCACAUGCCGCUGUCGGCAGGGCUUCAGCCGGGAUCCGGUUUCGGGGUCCUGCACAGAACCCCGGAACGCCUCCCUUAGCAACCAGGCUGUUCCCACUGCACCCCCGUUAUCAUCGUCCACAACAAAAGCAGCAGCUGCCGUCUCGCCAACUACGACAACACCUCUCAUUGUGUCAGCCGGGGAGAACAAGGAACUUCACCUUCCUGAGAAUGAAGUAGUUCUCUCGGCAUAUGCUCUCCAAGGAGGAGGAGAUGUGAACCAGUUUCGGUAUCAGUGGACACUGGUGUCGCACCCCGAUGGCGAGGAGACUGGGGUCAUGCAGGACCAGAACACCCAGGCAUUGAAGCUGUCACACCUGCGGGAGGGACUUUACACAUUCCGUGUUGCAGUGACGGGAAACAACUCCUACGGUGAAGCCACAACCAAUGUGACAGUUCUGCCACCAAAACGAAUCAACAAACCUCCUGUGGCCAUCAUUCAGCCGGACAAUGUCACUGUCAAGCUUCCCAGCAAGGACACUGUCUUGGAUGGCUCAUUCAGCACAGAUGACGACAAAAUAGUGCAGUACCACUGGGAACCCGUGACUAUUCCGAUUGGCUACAGUCCCAAGCUGAACGACACUCCAACAGUCCAGCUGAAAGACCUCAUUCCCGGAUUCUACCAGUUUAUGCUCAAGGUGACAGACUCUGAUGGUGUCACAAACACUACCAGUGCAAAUGUGACUGUGCUAAAAGAGAUGGACUACCCUCCAACGGCCAAUGCUGGACCACAGUCUGUUGUCUACAUGCCCAAUAAUGAAGUGACGCUGAAUGGUAACCUGAGCACUGAUGACAAGGGCAUCAAGAGCUGGGAAUGGACAAAAAGCCCUGACACAGACAAGCACGUUGACAUGGAGGGAACCACCAGCCCAUACCUGCACCUGUCGAACAUGGAAGUGGGCGUGUACAAGUUCCUUCUGAAGGUCACCGACACGGCCGAUCAGACUGCAACAGCCGAGGUGCACGUGUUUGUCAAGCCAGCUUCCAACCAAGCCCCGACAGCCGACGCUGGCAAGGACGUCCGUGUCUCGCUGCCCAUCGAUAAGCCGCUUGUGCUGGACGGCAGCCACAGCUCGGACGACGUGGGCAUCACAUCGUGGCAUUGGAGCCAGAUUCAGGGCCCCAAGCCAAGCCUGAUUGAAGCGCCCAACAGUUCAGUGACGAAAGUCUCGAACCUUGGUCCGGGAGAGUAUGUAUACAAGCUGGAGGUUGUGGACGCCAACAAUCUGACCAGCUCAGACAACGUUUCCAUCGUCGUUACCCAGAACAAGAAUGCUCCACCCAAGGCCGAUGCUGGUGGUGACCGUACCGUUUUCCUUCCUGUGGAUGUUGUCUCCCUUAAUGGGUCACGGUCGGCGGAUGACGUGGAGAUCAUUUCGUGGCGCUGGACACGAGAACCUUCGUCGUUGGCAGCAGGGCACAUUUUGGAGAACUCUAGCUUCUCGCCGAUUCUGCGUCUGUCGGAGUUGAUCCCUGGCCGGUAUAUGUUCACGCUGACCGUGUCCGAUGCCCAAGGUGCAACAGGGCAAGACACCGCGUCCCUCAUUGUGAAGCCGACGCCAAGCCUGGCGCAACAGGUGGAACUGCUCUUGGACGUCGACAUCGAGACAUUCACCCAAGAGCAGCUGGACACGGUGUUGAAGCAGCUUGAAUUGCUGUUGCACGACGGAGAGUCGCUGCGAGUACACCUGGUAGAGCUGAACUACCAACAAGACUCCCGAAGGGUUCGAAUCAUCUUUGUGGCGGAGAAGGAAAAUGCCAAGGGCUCUUGGGUGCUGUGUCGAGGUCCCCUCAUGGUUGCUCGACUGAAGCAGAGGCUACGGACGCACAGUGCACUGCUUGACUGGGACGUCAUCUCGGUGGACACAGUUGUGUGCCAGAAUGAGUGCUCUGGGCACGGUACAUGUGACAUGUACAGCAAGCGCUGUGUUUGCGAAGCUUUCUGGAUGGAAGACUUUGUCCGUGCCAGCCUAGGGGACCGGGAGAGCAACUGUGACUGGAGUGUCCUCUAUGUCAUCAUCAUUGCCUUCCUGCUGCUCAGCGUCCUGUCCACAUCCCUGUGGGGCCUGGCCUGCUUCUGUUCAAGGAUGCAAUUCCGGCGGCCAAGAAUCAAGAGGAAUUACACACUGCUAAAGGAUUCCCGUGACAUUGAGAAGGACAGUCUGGACCUCUUACCCAAAGGCAAGACAUUGACAACGAGCUUGAUGGCUUCGGAUUCGGAUUCGGACACGCUUUUCGAGACGCGCCCCCGACCAUCAGUGGCUGUGAAGCCGCUGACUGGCAACCACCGCACAGGGAUGUCCAAUGGAGGCCUGAAAAACAGGGUUCAUACCUGAGGGCAACAUCUGACCACUACUGGGGUCUCCCCAUCCGACUUUCCGAGGUGCAUGCUAGUGUGGCUCAAUGGCUGCCCGCGUGGGAAGUCGGCCUCUCUCGAAACAGUAGAGCGAAGAACGGGGCUAGUUUGUACAAAAUACGACCAGUUGUGUUGAGUAGAAUGUAAAAAACGCUAUGACGAAUGUUUGUAUGUGAACGAUUCAACCAAGAGGUGCCACAAAAGCAUGCUCCUUUGGUUCGUGCAUAGUCAUGUGUGUUUUGUAUUACAUUGUAUUUUGUUCAGUUUGGCUAUUAUGGUAGCAGGCCCUCUUGAAUAUUCAACACGUGACAACAUAGGCGUUGGUGGAAGGAGGCAAUUGCACAGCCAUUCACCUGCAACUGGCACUUCGCUUUCAUGACACCGUUGGGGAAAAAUCGGACACUAGUGGCUCAUUAUAUCGAAGUAGUAGUGAAGCAAAAACAUUGGCACAUUCGACACUUGUUAGAAGAGUAGACACGAUUUAGAGCAAAUAAAUUGUCUGUUGGGCUCAUGCCAAAACGAAAGGAAACGUUAGAAUUCAAAAAAAGUCAAUUGUGCAGGAACCAUCGAUGAUGAUUGUCAAUGUAAGUGGUUUUACUGAAUGCUUCAAGAAAGCUAUUCGUUUUAUGAAAGGAAUGGUGCUAUGGAUGGCAUAUUUUUGUUGCAGUGAGGAUAUUUAGGCAGCGUCUGUUAUUUUGUUCCGUAAUUCUACAAAGAACAGAAACAGCACAUCUCUAGCCGUAGUAUAGGUGGACAGCAUGUGUGUGUCAAGGAGCUGUAGUAGUUGAUGUUCAGCAAUGAACGCGCCCUGCAACUCAGUCAUGCAAAUCCAUGCGCCAUACGUGUUCUUGCCUUUGUAGAAGUGGUGAAAGUCCAACUUCCACUGACCAAAAGAACAGGCGAAGGAGCCAAAGAAAGUUAUUCACUUUAAAAAAUAUUUAGUCCUUAUAUAUAAGCACAUAACAUUUUGUCUCCUCUUUCCCUACUUGUCUGAGUUGUGCUAAUAUGUAAGGUGGAAUUCAUGCGCACCUGUGGGUUGUAAAUGCCUUGUUUUCAGGGCUGGGCAGUUUGGAAGAUACCUGUAUCUUGGGUACUAUCUUAGUUAUCUUGUACCUGUAUCUGUAUCAUGGUAUGUCUGGGAAGACGUGCAUCAGUAUCUGUAUUUCCAGUACAUGCAAGAAUGUAUUGUGUGUCUUAAGGUACAAGAUACUGGCUAUCACAACAUUGUUGUGCAAAACUAAACGUUGGCUGAACUCAGCUUCUCAAGCUGAUACUGCUGCUGUUAAGCCAGCUGAAUAAAACUAAAGGCAGCGACAUUUUGCCAGAGCCCUCCUGGAGGGCAGGCGAUGAGGUAUGUGCGUACCUAUUGUUAAAGCAGAAUCACGUGGUGGCGCUCGCGCCACCUCGACAAACAUCAGUAAGUUUACGGACGAAGUAAAAUUCCACAGCAGUAUUUGUGCCAUCGUGCAGAGGCUUCUUUUUGACGUUCUCGUAAUUAGAUGGCUACCCGCUAGCUGGCUGGCAAGCAGAGCAGCGACUACCAUCAAUUGCAAAAGUGACAAGCAAAAACCGAGCUGCUGAGCACAAGGCCGCGGGAUCAAAUCCCGACCACGGUGGCCGCAUUUCGAUAGAGUCGAGAUGUGAAAACACCCGUGUACUUAGAUUUAGGUGCACAUUAAAAAACCCCAGGUAGUCAAAAUUUCUGGAGUCCUCCACUACGACGUGCCUGAUAAUCAGAAAGUGGUUUUGGCACGUAAAACCCCAUAAUUUAAUUUUUUUUAACACGCAAGAACCGCUCACAUCACAGCAUAUAAAAAGCUUUCAUGUUGUUGAGCAGCUAAGGCAACCCUAAUAAAUUGUUUCGCAAAGAAAAUAUUAUACCUUGAGUAAAAAAGACAAAAUUGUUUAUAUACUAACAGACAUUUCAUUAAAAUAAAACUAGGUCUGUCUUAGUUAAAGAAUUUCUAAGGCAAACAUUUUCGUUCAUACUCGUUUGCUGCUGCAUUAAGUAGAUCUGUAAUAAGGAAUUUGCAAAUGUAUCAGAGUAUCUUUAGAUACAAAUGGGAAGUAUCGUAUUGGGUACAAUAAUCGCCAGUAGUAUCUUAUAUCUGUAUCUCAAAUAAUUGUUGCCCAAGUUUCUUGUAUUGUAUCAUGAUACAAGUGCAAAGUAUCUUUGCCCAGCCCUGCAUGUUUUCGCCUGCUUGUGAAAUCACAGCACAGAGGCUUGGAAUAUAAAGCGCACAAACAGAAAUAGGGUUUGCUGAAACGCAGAUAAACUCAAACUUUCUUCUUUGAUGCCACUGUACUGUAUAUAAAGGACCCCAUACUAGGUUUGGUCAUUGCAAAUAGACAAAUGCCAUGCGCAGAUGACAUGCUGGCGAUCAUGUCUUCAAAGUAGCAGACUGUUGCUCAGCACGAAAACAUCUGGAAUUUCAGGCAAACGCCUCCACGCCCUUCCUUGUGCGGGAGCUUUGCUUCCUUUUGAAGAAUCAAGGCUGCAUGCAUAGUCAAGGUCAAUGCAUUCGCAGCAGGAAAAAUGAACUUUGAAGUGUUUUUUAGUACUUGCACCUGUUCUCUUUUUCUCGAGAGUGAAAGUAGUUGCGAGUGAAUAGCUGUGCUUAUUUAUUAUGAUAGUAAUUAAUAUUUUCUUUUGCUUUUUGAACUUUGCACUAUCACAGCUCUUGGUGAUAGCACUAGUUUGUGCUGCCUCACCUCUGUCACUAUACAUUCGAUGUGCUCACAUGUAUUGUGUAACACCGACGUGCGAAAAUGUGGUCACAGAUAAAAUGCUCUUUUUCAUGCUUAAAUUACCCACAUUAUACUUGGCAAAUUUAUGUGCAGCACAUAACUACCUAUUGAGUCAAACGUCAUCAUAACGAAGUCUUAGCUGACGUAAAAAUGCCUUUGUUAUAUUUGACGU